UAUAUAUAUAUACAUAUCUAGAUCUAGGUUCUUUGGCUACCAUUUGAUUGCGGCAUUGCCGGCAUCUUUUCUGUUCCUGUUAAGUACCAAAACUAGAUUCAAUAAUGUUGAGUGUGGUAUUCACCAAACUGCUGCCUGCCAUCUUUAUAGGCUAUAUCUCCUACUCUGUAUACACAAUGUACACAUUAUUUGUACCUCCUGUCUGCACUCAAAAACAUUUAUGCAUUAAACCAUAUUUAUCUAAGUCACCAAAACUUGGGCUUCAGAUCUCAACAUCUCUCAGCACAAAUCCUAGAAGCACCAUGACAACCGUCUGGAAAAAUGAAGAAUUCUCUAUAGAUCAGAAUAUUGAAAAAUCUUUCAAUGUAAGCAUUCCAAAAUCAACUAGAAAUAAUGGCACAUUAUACGUACAUGCUUUUUUAUAUCUUCGGGGUCAGUCACCAGAAACUUCAUUUAUUUCACAUGAUGUAUCAGAGAUUACUACAUUUUCUAUUCCACAAGAUUCAUUUGUUAAUUUACUCAGGAGUAACAGUAAGGAGAAUUCUACAAAGUUUAAAUCAUCCUUGAAAUCUGAGAAACCAUAUGUACAUUGGAGACCAAAAUUAAUCCUAAAUAUUCUUGAUGAAACGGUUGAACUUGAUCGUACCAAAAUUCCUGGAGAAAUGUUUCAUAGAUUUAGACUGACUCAAGAUGGAAAGUUUUAUUAUCCUAGUGUGUUUAUUAAUGAAUUUGGCUAUCGAAUUCAAGAUUUAUUGCUCAUAGAAAAAGAUUCUUCAUUCCAGCCUUUGACUAUAUUUUAUUAUCCUUUAUCUUUUGGUAAAAUGAGAUUGUUAAUCAACAUUGGACAUUCCUUUACAAAACUUAGAGAAUUAGGUUUUACAGAGAAAGACACUGAUGAGAUAAAAAGCAUUUUUAUGGAUAACCAUUUGUAUAUUUUACUUUUGACAUUUACAAUAGCUGCUUUUCAUAUACUAUUUGACUUUUUGGCAUUUAAAAAUGAUGUUAUGUAUUGGCGUGAGAAAAAAAAUAUGGUUGGUUUAUCAACAAGGGCAGUUAUAUGGCGCUGUGUAUCUACUGCCAUCAUAUUUUUGUAUUUAAUGAAUGAGAACACUAGCCUUCUUGUUUUGAUACCAACUGGAGUGGGCAUGCUGAUUGAGCUUUGGAAAGUAUCUAAAGCUUUGAAAGUGAAAAUUCAAUUCAAUGGCCUUAUUCCUUCAUUUAUUUUUGAUGAUACAAAUGAAAAAGAGAAAGAAACAGAAUCUUUUGACUCUCAGGCCAUGAAAUAUUUGUCCUAUGUACUGUAUCCCCUGUGUAUAGGUGGAGCAAUCUAUUCUUUACUAUAUGUGCAACAUAGAAACUGGUAUUCAUGGAGCAUUACUAGCCUUGUGAAUGGAGUGUAUGCUUUUGGCUUUCUCUUUAUGUUACCACAAUUGUUUGUCAAUUAUAAGUUGAAAUCUGUUGCUCAUUUACCUUGGAAAGCUUUUAUGUAUAAGGCCUUCAAUACAUUCAUAGAUGAUGUAUUUGCUUUUAUCAUCACCAUGCCAACAGCUCAUAGGUUGGCAUGUUUUAGAGAUGACUUAGUUUUUGUUCUUUAUCUGUACCAGAGGUGGCUGUAUCCUGUAGAUAAAAGUCGAACCAAUGAGUAUGGCAUGUCCUUCACAACAGAGGAGGCUAAAGAAAAAAAGAAAACUCAAUAAAUUGAAGAGCUUCCAGAAAUCUGAUUCCUUGCUGCACUUGACUUUCCUCAGCAACAGAAUUGAUGAAAUGUUAAUACUAUUACUAACAUGAAAACUGUUAAAUCCAAAAUUAAUUUUAAAAUAUCAAUUCUAUGUAAAAAAAUAAAAAAAUUUAAAUGUGUAUUUUAUGGUGUAUGAAUGUCAGAACACAAGUUACCUGCCUUGAAUUAAGUAACCUAGACCUUCAGAUUUUGCUGAACAACUUCCUUGACCUUUGAAUAAAUAUCAUGGUUGUAUAUUUUUGUUGCUCAAAGAUAAAACCAUAUUACAAAAAAAAAAAUGGUGGUAAAUUCCAAUUUUUUAUUUUUACAAAUGUUUAUAAGCUAUCACAGAUGUUUCACAAAAUUUGUGUCAAAUCUGAUGGAUUUCUUCUCAGGAUAGACUUUUGAAAAAGAAAAAUGUGUGUUGUCACUACUAUUGUACACUUGUAUGAUGGUGUUGUUUUUUUUCUGACAUUUUGGUUCAUUCAGGCUUUUAUUGUCAUUGCAUAUUGUAUUUUAUGGCAUUGACUUUAAUUUUUUUUUUUUCUGAAAAUAUUUUAUGAAGCAUAAUACACAUUGAAUUUAUGAGGGCACUGCAGCAUGUAUUGAAAUGCUAAAUUGCUAUAUUUUUAAACAUGUCAAAUUUCUUUAAUGAUUUACUGAAUUGAAUAUGCCAAUAAUCUCUUUUGUCAUGAUUUUUUUUUAUUAAAAGAAUGAAAACUGCAGUCAAACUACAUUAUUAUAUGGUAGUAUGAAUCUUGAAUUUAUUUCACUUUUUCAAUGUUAAAUGAUUUUCAAUUUGGCUCAUUCAAACACGUAUUGAUUUCAAUUAAUUUUGUUUUUCUUGUCUUCCCUUACUAAAAUAGAAGCACUUAAUACAUUACUACAAAGUAACCUCCCAGAUUGUAUAAUAUAACAAAGAAAAGAAUUAGAAGUAGCAUUUACCUUUUUUUUUUGUAUAGAUUACCCUUAUUUGUCAAACAGCAUAAGAAUUACAUGAUAUUGAAUCCCCUUGAAGAACUGAAGUCUUGAGAAGUGUUAUUUCAAAAGGAAAAGGCUAUGACCUUUGCUUUGGUUCAAUGUUGAGGCCAGCACAAGGACCAAACAUUCCUUAACUCUAGUCAAGUUUAUGUUAUAGCUGAAUAAUACAAUUUGUCUUAACCAGGACUGGAACAUUAGGAAGUGAUAUAACUGGUAAAUGUUAAUGUCUGUAUAAACAUUGGUUUAUCUUUUCUACUUGACCUGCUUACGGUUGGACAUUGAAUGAAUUGAGUCCAUUGCAUAGGCAAUUUUGGGAUUUAAAAACCACCCCUCCAGAGGAUUUUUCAGGUUAAUUGCAGACCUGUUCAUUCAAUACAAUCAUUGAGGUUCAACUCUACCCCAAAUUAGGCAUUUCACUCAUUGAUUUGUUUUUCUACUGGUCGCUGGGUUCCAUUAAUUAAUUGUAGUGAAUAGCGGAUUUGAUAAUUGACCUACAGUUUUUUAAUAGAAGAUUAGGAGGAUAAUUUACUGUAGACACCUCAGAAUAUGCAUUUUUAAAAAUUUCAAAUACAGGAAAUAAUGCUUGGUGCUUAGGCUCUGCUUUAGACCCCGCUAGGGUGGCGCUCACCUAGACCCACUAGCUGGCAAGGGAGAGGUGUCUACUGUUUGGAUGUAAUGAAGUUUAAUUAUGUAUAUUUAUUUAUAUAUAUGCAUGUGUGUUUAAAGGAAAAAAAAAUUACCCACCACCCACAAAAAAACUCAUGGCUACACCCAUAGUCUUAGACUUAGGUCCUCCCGCGCUGUUCGGCGCAUUGGGCGGCAAGCUGUCUCCAUAAUGAUCUGUCACUGGCAAUGUCUGAAGCCUCCUCCCACCUGGUGUCCACUGUUCUGAGGUCCUCCAUGAAGGUGUGUCACCAGGUAAUACGAGGACGUCCCUGUUUGCGCUUUCCUCGUUUUGGCUUCCAUGUUAUUGCAACUCUUGGUGUAAUUCAUUUUGACGUAGAACAUGUCCCGCAAACCUCAUGCGACGCUCAGUCACAACCUCACUAAGUGUUAGACUUCCAGUUCGGCAUAGAAUUUCCUUGUUUGAAAUCCGGUCUGUGUAACUGACUCCCAAAAUCCGUCUCAGCCAUCUCUGUUGAGCCACAUUUAGUCUUUUCUCAAUUUUGACAGAUGACUUCCACGUCUCACAUGCAUAUGUAGCAGUUGGAAUGACGAUUGUGUUGAGAAGGUGUAUUUUUGUCUCGAGUCCAAUGGCUUGGCUAGUCCAAAUAGGCUGCAGCCUUUGGAAAAUGCUCCCUGCCUUUCCUAUUUGGCACGCUACAUCAUGGUAAGCAAUUCCAUCAUUUGUUAUGAUGCUGCCAAGGUACGUGAACUUGUCCAGCUCUUCAAGCUUUGACUCGCCAAGUCUGACGGGGACACCCAUAGUAAAAGUUAAUAAUAUAAAUACCUUUUAUUAGUAAUUGCAUUAAAUAAUAAAUUAUAUUUGUAUACUCAUAAGAGGGAAUGUUUCAGGACAAGUCUGAAAUGAUGAAGUCUGUUCAUCUUUAUCCCACAUCUAUCCACUGAGUCUGAUCCUUUCUUCUCUUUGAACCAGGCCUCAAUGUGAAUGUUUUAUUUAACAAAUAUGGGAGAAUAUAAAGACAUUUCUUUGAUCAUUUGUUUGACCUUUUCUUGACAUAACAAAAUAGUUGUAAUGAACUUGUGCUCAAACAUUUUUUUUUCAUUUUAUUAUCUUGCAAUUAUUUAUUCAUUAUUAUUUAUUCAUUGGCUUGACUCAUUUUUUUUCUUUUUUUGGUUAAAGAAAAUUUUAAAAUAUUUUUUCUAUUGAAAAGCUACAUUUUUUUUAUUUGUAUGUUAAAUAAGAAAUUAUUGAUUAAAUUGAUUAAGAUGAA